ACAGUAUGUUUGCUUGAAAUGAGAAACACUUUUAACAUAGGAGUGGGCCGCGGGGGGCACAUGCUGCAGUUGCAUGGGAUCUUGGUUGAGCUUGGGAACGAAUGUUUGCAUGCAGAGUGUCUAAUAACGUGUUUGUUCGACUUUUGCUUCCUCAUCCCUAUAAUUUCCCGUGCUGUGUCCCAGUUCUCACUUUGUUUCUCACUCUAGUAAAGGGAUCACAGACUUCCUUCUAAGUCCCCCCUAGGUGCAAGCUAGAGAGAGAUAUAGAGAGAUGUUAGCUUGAUAGUAGCUCUUGGCUCCCAAUAGCUCCCCUUUACAAAAAAAAGGACGUGUCACUCUCCACUGUCCAUGAUCACUCUGGGCCCCCGUAAAUUGCCCCUCCAACUGCAGAUCUCUACACACCUCUCCACCCCUAACUAGCUGCGUCCCCCUUAUAUCCACCCUGAUCUCUUCCACCUCUGCUCACAGCACCUGCAGAUAGCUUGAGAGCUAGAUCUCUCGUUCUCGUUCUCGUUCCUCCUCUCCUCUCACAUGUCUACUAUCUACAUGAGCCAGCUAUCUACUCUCCCUCUAAUGGAUGGAGAUCAAGAUCAAGGGCACUUUCAAGCCUUUCAUCUACCCAAGGACCCUCCUAUCUUGUUCCCUUUCAUGAUCGACAACCCUGUGGAUCAUCAAGGGCAAGGCUGUGGAGACCAGCACUCGGGGCAGCAUCUUUUUGGUGAAUCUAGUCAGCAGUUCAAUGAUCGCAUGAUGAUGGGCGGAGGAUCUGCGGACGUCUUCGCCACAUGUUCCCCGUUCGGACCUACCAUCCAAAGCAUCGGCAGUGACAUGAUCCAGAGAUCCUCAUACAAUUCCUAUGAUUUCGAAGCCACACAUGCUAGCGAUGGAUCGACCAGUCAGUGGGCAUCUGCCAAACCGCCAGUGAAGAUGAGGAUCAUGAGAAAGGCGCCAACGAAUGAUCCCCAAGGAGGGAUGGUGAGAAAGCCAAGGAGAAGGGCACAAGCACACCAAGCUGAUGAGAGCCAGCAGCUGCAGCAUGCCAUGGGUGUUAUCAGAGUGUGCUCAGACUGCAACACCACCAAGACCCCCUUGUGGAGGAGUGGUCCUUGUGGCCCCAAGUCUCUUUGCAACGCAUGUGGCAUACGCCAAAGGAAGGUUCGCCGUGCGAUGGCUGCAGCGGCGGCCACCGGAGCCAACGGUGGGGUGGCAUCUGCUUCCAGUGGCGGGGUGGCGUCCGGGGGCGUGCAAACAAGCGAAGCAUCACAAGCGGUGAAGGCCACAAAGAAGGAGAAGAGGGCUGCGGACCUCGACCGGUCGCUGCCCUUCAAGAAGAGGUGCAAGAUGGUUGAUCAUCCUACCGUUACCUCCACCAAGGUCGUGGCUGUCGACGCCACUCCGAAGCAUCAAGAUCACGUUGUGUCCGAGGACGUCGCCACGGUGGAGAGACUGAGCAAAGCCGAUCCGCCGGCAGCGUUCACUCACGUUUUCGUGCGAGACGAGAUCACCGACGCUGCCAUGCUGCUCAUGACCCUAUCCUGCGGUCUUGUUCGCAGCUAGUAUUAGCUAGCUAGCUAGCUAGUAGACACUAGACACCGAUGAAUGCAACUUGAUUUGCAUAUCACGAGUAUAUUAGUCUUGUUAUAUUUUCUGUAUCUUGUGAUCUUAUUGUUUUCUGUUAUUGAGGAGAUCGGUCGAUCAGGGCGUACGGAUAGAGAGAAGAGGGAGGAAGAGGGAGAGGAAGAGAGGAGGGUGAUCACAUGUCUAGGGUAAUAAGCGAACAAGCUCGAUAGUAGUAGUAUGUAGUAACCCGGAUUUGCCAUGAGGGUGAGUUUUUUGUUUUACAGUUUUCUUUCCUUUCUUUGCUCUGCUGCCGUUAUUUAAGCCAGUAUAAAUUGUGUUCCUUCUUUUGUAGUACCAUAUUAUGUAAUAAAACAUAUUUCCGUAA